UCACCAAUCCUCCUUCUCGUCCCUCUCCACCCAUUUUGCACAGCAGCGACGACCAAACAUGUCGGGCCAACAGCCGGUGUUUGUCAUGAACGCUGGUCCGGAGCGCCAGCAUGGACGCAAGGCACAGAUCUCCAAUAUCCAGGCGGCAAAGACUGUGUCAGACGUCAUUCGGACAUGCCUUGGACCCAAGGCGAUGCUGAAGAUGAUUCUCGACCCCAUGGGUGGCAUCUUGCUCACAAAUGACGGCAAUGCUAUCCUUCGUGAAAUCGAGGUCGGCCAUCCGGCCGCCAAGAGCAUGAUCGAGCUGAGCAGGACGCAGGACGAGGAGGUCGGUGACGGUACCACGAGUGUCAUCAUUCUUGCCGGAGAGAUGCUCGCCCACUCACUACCCCUCCUCGAACGCAACAUUCACCCCGUCGUCAUCAUUUCGGCCUACAAGAAGGCGCUGGCCGAGGCUCUCGAAAUUAUCGAAAGGAUCAGCGUGCCGGUAGACGUGGACAACGAAGAGGAGAUGCUGGCACUCAUCAAGACUUCAAUUGGCACCAAGUUUGUCUCUCGGUGGUCGGACCAAAUGUGCCGCCUGGCACUCAAGGCGGUGCGGACCGUGGCCACAGUCGACGAGGGAAGCGGAGGCAGAGAGUCAAAGACGGUGGACAUCAAGCGGUAUGCGAGGGUUGAGAAGGUGCCCGGAGGCGAGAUUGAAGGAUCAAAGGUCCUCGACGGCGUCAUGCUGGCCAAGGAUGUGACCCACCCCAAGAUGAGGAGACGCAUCGACAAUCCCCGAAUUCUGCUUCUCGACUGCCCUCUCGAGUACAAGAAGGGAGAGUCACAGACCAACAUCGAGAUUACAAAAGAAGAGGACUGGAACCGGAUUCUGGAGAUUGAGGAAGAGCAGAUCAAGAUCAUGUGCAACCGCAUCAUCGAGCACAAGCCAGACCUCGUCUUCACCGAGAAGGGCGUCUCGGACCUGGCCCAGCACUUUUUGCUCAAGCAGAACAUCACGGCCAUCCGCAGGGUGCGCAAAUCGGACAACAACCGCAUUGCUCGGGCGACUGGCGCGACGAUUGUCAACCGUGUCGAGGAUUUGCGUGAUGCCGACAUCGGCACAAAGUGUGGCCUCUUUCACAUUGAGAAGCUCGGCGACGAGUAUUUCACCUUCCUGGAGAAGUGCAAGGACCCUAGGGCAUGUACCAUCCUUCUCCGAGGCCCAUCCAAGGAUAUUCUCAACGAAGUCGACCGAAACCUCGCCGAUGCCAUGUCCGUGGCUCGCAACGUCGUCUUCAACCCCAUUUUGGCUCCCGGUGGCGGUGCGACCGAGAUGGCCGUAUCGACGGGCUUGUACGACUUUGCCAGAUCGGUCGAGGGCGUGGAAGUGGGGCCGAUCAAGGCCGUGGCAGAGGCGAUGGAGGUCAUUCCGCGCACGCUCAUCCAAAAUUGCGGCGGAAACGCCAUCAAGACUCUCACGGCGCUCCGGGCAAAACACGCCAUGGGGGAGCACUCGUACGGCGUCGACGGAAACACUGGCAAGGUUGUUGAGAUGAAGGAGUAUGGCCUGUAUGAGAGCGCCGCCGUCAAGAUCCAGACGCUCAAGACCGCUAUUGAGUCUGCUUCGCUACUCCUCCGCGUCGACGAUGUCGUGUCAGCGAGACGAGCCCGACAGGAAGGCGGCGGAGGUGGCGCGCCCCAAAUGGCACCUCCCGGCGAGGGUGAAAUGCCCGGCGAGAUGCCGGAGAUGUAAUUCGAGAUCAUUGUCAAUGUCUAGCAAAGAAAAGAGUCACAUUAUUCUCAUCAUGAAGUCUCUUUCUCUCCUCGUUGCCAAUCACUUGCCCUUUCCGCCAAAUGGAUUCAAAC